CUUCUCUGAUUUAGAGGCUCUCAUUUAUUUCCGAGAUGCAAGAUGAAGAAACUUUUGUUUAGUUGCAAACCCUUGUGUCAGUUCGGGUCUGCCUUUCUGUUGUCUGUCUUGGAUUCCUUAGGUGCAUCUGGGUCUUUGCCUCUCCUGCCUCGCUGAUCAGUGUGUAAUCGGUGUCCUUUUUGUUUUCAUGAAAUAACAAUCGUUCAGUGAGCGUGAAAUUGUCCCUAGUUCUAAAGAGCUGGCUGGUCUGGGUUUCUCUAGAAUUCAGCAGUUUGUGUUAGAUUGUUUGAAGGGGACAGAACAUCGCACAUUGUUUGAGGGCGGUUGUUGGUGGCUGUGUUUUUUUGUUUUUUGUUUUGCUAACUUGCAAAUCUCUCUGGGCAUUUUAUAUCUAAAUGUACUCCAUCUGUGACCUUCAGUGCUUGAGUGCGUGUUACAGUCCUGUGUUAGUGUGGAGUUAACAACAGAAGAAAGUAAGGGAUUUGCUGAUGGCAAUGACUUAAUUUCAGAAGCAGUAUUUUCUCAGGUGAGGCAUGAAGCAGCGCUCUGCUAGUGCUAUGUUACUGUGCAGCGAGCCCGGACUGUCUCUGUUAAAUGAGCGAUAUGCUGUACAAUCAGAACUACCUUUGCUGUUUUGUUGCAAGGAUACCCAUUGUUUAUUACCCUGCCGUUGGUCUUUUAUCCGAGAUCCUGAAUGACAGCGGUAGCCUGCAGUGAGAGCAAUAAACAUAUGCAUGAAGGUGACUUUUCAGACUCUGCGAUAUCCAGUCUGAAAGAAGCAUCCAUCAGAUGCCUCAGUGAUGGGAGCAUUAGAAAUUUGGGAGAGUCCCUCUGUUUGAAAAUGCAGUGUUCACAAGCCCCUUUCUGCUGGGGGGAGAAGGGGCAGAGCAGUGAAUACAGCCUGCAGGCAGGAAACAGACAUACACUGAGCCUGGGGUCUUAAAGGGGAGGACAGGGAGGUCCAAAAUGGUUAAUGUUACUUUUUUCUGACUUAGGAAGUGUCGCUGUCCUAGUUUUCUCUGUCUCUGGUUUGUUCGUGGGGUAAAGUGCCACUGACACAAUUGAGACGUCAAACAAGUAAUUUCUGGUGAAGCCAGGGGACGGUGUAUUCCCCGCUCUAAUUACAUCCAUCCUCUUACCUGCUUAACUGCAGUAGGUGGCUGCAUUAGAGAAGAUAAAGGUAACUAACCGACUCCGGGGUAGAGCAGUGUUGCUGCAAUUCCAGGGGCACCUCAUCCUUUCUGACACCACGUUUAUAAAUGACAAGGACGUCCGAGCCGACUCAUAGAAGGGUCUUACUGUGGGAAUUGUGCAUGAUGAACUGCAGCCUGAAUUAGAAGGACCAGUGCUCUUUCAGCCCAAGCAAGCAGCAAGAAACCAAUUAGGGAGAAUUACUGCUUGUCAAGUGACUUCAUUGAAUGGUUUCUUCCCCAUUCUGUAACGGGGAGGGGAUUGCUUAGUGCGGCUAGAAAGCACACAAAGGAAAGCUUUUUUCAUCCAGCAUGGAGGCUGCUUUCUGAACUGCUCAGCUCACUUGGAAGUCCUGUUUCCAGCAGUCAACCCUUCCAUUCUUCCCAUUUUAGAACUGUGUUGGCUGGUCUCAGAGCGGAGUUCAGCAUAGGUCCAGAGCCGUUCCGCUGAAUCGGAAAUGCCUCAUUCUUUAUUGAGGAAUCUCUUCCAUGCUGUCAGAAUAGCAAUUGUAGAGCUGAGUGCCUUUGCGGUUGCUUAUGCUCUGAGUGAGUCAUUCGCUUCUCUUCAUCCCGUACCGCCACCCAUUCCAGACCAGAAGAAGUCUUGGUAACUGUCAGCACUGAAGAAUUUGUUGCCAGUUUGAUGUUUAAAAUAAAGUUAGAGCCUUUAAAAAUGAGUGCUUGGACACUGAAUAUGUUUCUAAAGUUUCGGAAUAAAGACUCGACCGGAGGCAACGUCGCAGUCAUGGGAAAGGAUUAUUACAAGACCUUGGGGCUCCAGUCUGGAGCAAACGAAGAUGAGAUCAAGAAAGCUUAUCGGAAAAUGGCCCUGAAGUAUCACCCUGAUAAAAACAAAGACCCCAGUGCAGAGGAGAAGUUCAAGGAGAUCGCAGAGGCCUACGAUGUCCUGAGUGAUCCCAAGAAAAGGGCUGUCUAUGAUCAGUAUGGGGAAGAAGGGCUCAAAACUGGAGGCGGUUCCUCUGGCGGCUCCGGCAACACUUUCCACUACACCUUCCACGGAGACCCGCACGCUACCUUUGCUUCUUUCUUCGGCGGCUCCAAUCCCUUCGACAUCUUCUUUGCCAGCAGUCGCUCCCGGGCGUUCAAUGGCUUCGAUCAGGAAGAUAUGGAUAUCGAUGACGACGAUGACCCUUUCAACGCUUUUGGACGGUUCGGCUUCAAUGGCAUCAACGGAGUUCAUCGACGGCACCCGGAGUCUCUCCACACACGAAGGAAGGUCCAGGACCCACCCAUCGUCCACGAGCUCAGGGUCUCCCUGGAAGAAAUCUACCACGGCUCUACCAAAAGGAUGAAAAUCACCCGCCGGCGGCUGAACCCUGACGGGCGAACCACGAGGACCGAGGAUAAGAUAUUGAACAUUGUCAUUAAAAGGGGGUGGAAAGAAGGAACCAAAAUCACCUUUCCCAAAGAAGGAGAUGCCACGCCAGACAACAUCCCUGCCGAUAUCGUCUUCAUUCUCAAGGACAAGCCUCACACGCAUUUCAAGCGAGACGGCACAAACGUGGUCUACACGGCUAUGAUCAGUCUUAAAGAGGCCUUGUGCGGCUGUACUGUGAACAUUCCCACUCUCGACGGGAGGGUGAUCCCUCUGCCCUGCAACGACAUCAUCAAGCCUGGCACCGUGAAGAGACUGCGAGGGGAAGGGCUGCCCUUCCCAAAGGUCCCCACCCAACGGGGAGACUUGAUUGUAGAGUUCAAAGUCCGCUUCCCAGACAAAAUAGCUCCGCAGACGAGACAGAUCCUCAAACAGCACCUGCCGUGCUCCUAGAGCCCCUGGGCCGUUCUGCCAGCA